ACGUGACGAAGAUCAGCUGAUAAAUACUACAUUCACGCGUGCUGACACCCCUCGAGUGCGCGGUGGUGGUUGAGAGGCGCCCUUACGCGCGCGCCGAUCGCCCAGGAGCGAGACAGAUAGCCGGUGUGAUUGUUAUGAGCGUGAGAGAUUUUAUUCGCGGGGAGCACAGAACGUCGCACAUUUCCGUCAGGCACGACGGCGCGAAGAGAGAAAUGACAAGUCUGGCCGGAUCGGAAGCGCUUAGGUACUAAUUGGCGAGGGUAUUAUCUGGCAAUCAAUGGCAUAAAUGCGCUCGGCUAUCAGCGUUAUCCUGUCGAGCCCGGUACCCGACAACAAGAUGUCCCAUCCCGAUUAUGAGCAAACCGCCCACGAUCACGCCGCCUUGCUGCUGCUACUAAGGCCCAUCGGCGCGCAGAUCAAGCCGAAGACAGUUGGUAGGUUAUGUGAGAGGAUCACCAAAGCUGGCAGCAGGUUCUCCGUGUCUGACUCCAGCGGUGGCACCCGGGAGAUCCUCGCGAGGUUCGUCCGCGAACAUCCUGUGGAGAACAACGACUGGGGGGAUUUUCAGACUCACAGGAGACUGCUGGGUCUCAUCACGUUCGGCAAAUAUGACAAUCAGGCGGAGUUGAACGAGUUGUGCAGGGUGCAUGAGACCUUGAAGGUCAAAUACAGCAGCACUUUGUACGACUCGCGGGCUAUCCUCUUCGGGCCGCUCGAGUCGAACGGUCGGCACGAACCACCGCCGGACUACACCACACCCGGUAACUUCAAGACCCGUGCAGUGUUCUACGCAGACGAGUCAUGCCCCGACCUGGAGACUCAAGUCGCUGAAUAUCUAAAUUUUCUGUUCUGGAUCUUGGAGUCCAAGAGGCUGGAGCGUUCCAGGGAAAAGAUAGACCGUGUUUCUCUUCUGUUAGCGCCAUUCGAAAAGAAAGACUUUAUAGGACUGGAUCUUGAGUCUAGGAACAAUAAGAAGAGAUGCGUAGGUCGUAUGACGAAACAUCUGGGAGACUUGUGUCUUCAGGCUGGUCUCCCAGCUGAAGCAUUAAGUCAUUAUAAUUCUGCAGCCAAUAUCCUGCAGGCAGUCAAUGACUGGCUGUGGCUGGGAGCCGCUUACGAAGGCCUCUGUGUUGCUUCGGUCUUAGUACUGUAUCCCAAUAUGUGUCGAAGUCUUCCGCUGCAACGGAAUUCUUCCCUGCAGGAGGGAAGUCCAAGCAAACAAAGACGAGGAUCGCAAGCUAUCACGGCCCUGCCGGCCCCGCCUAGUAUAGAAGUGAUAAAGACUAAUAUGCCACAUAUUUUGCAACCUGAUGAAAUAUCGAAGAAAUAUCGUGACGCCAUAGUGCAUUAUAGUAAAUAUCAAUACGCAGGUAUAAUUGAAACCGAGGCUAGUUUUAAGGCUACAAGAAUCUCAAUAGAACAAAACUGCACCCUGCAAGCUGCAUCGUACCUAAAUAAUGUUGUACUGAUCAAUCUGCCUCUGAGUGAGCAAGAGAAAAUUGAUCGAUUUACCACACUAUCAGAUCUAUACACGAGCUUUGGUUUUGAUAGAAAAGCUUCAUUCUGUCUGCGUCUAGCCGCCACGCGUCAUGUGUCGCAAAAUAAUCCCAAUCCAGACUGGCAACAGUGCUACAACUUAAUGUUGCAAGCUACACCCGGAUUUAAAUUAUCCUUGGAUCCUGUCGAUAUGCCGCUAGAUGGGCAAAGAGGAUGGCCGGUUAUACAGAUCCAAGUGAUAAAUGAGCUCGUGGCUGCUGCAAAUCGGAUGGGUAACCCAGCCCUGGCUACAAGACACAUGACAUUCCUCCUUCAAACGAUGUACAAUCAUCUAACACCUGACGAACGGAAAGAUACCGCAUUACAGCUUCAAAAUGUGUCACAGCAGUGUGAGGGUGCACCGGUGCCUCUUGUUUUGGAUUCUGGAACUGUUAUACCACCAGCUAAUUUACUAAACAUACCAAAGACAAAAUCGUUCACCCUGAAAAACAUGCAGCCGCAUUUGCAGCCUCAGAAAAUAGAAAGGGUGAAAGAAGAUCACGGCCCGUUCUUAUUCACACCGAUCAACUUUGGAUCGUUGGAGCGCAAGAAUACCUCGAAAAGUAAAGUUGAUUAUUUAUGGGUAGAAGGAGACACCUGCGAAGUAUCGAUGCAGCUUAUAAAUCCUUUGCCGUUUGAGUUGCACGUGUCUAACAUGAGAUUGCUGACGAACGGCGUGGUGUUCGAAUCGAUACCGGAAAGCAUCAGUUUGCCCGCGAAAUCCGGGCCGAUCGCGGUCACGUUGGCAGGCAGACCUAAGGAAGUUGGUGAUUUGGAGAUACUCGGCUUCAGUACGCAUACACUAGGAGUGAAAUCGAAUUGUCGACUAAGGCAUAUGGAAGGCAUGUUGCAUCCGCAGUAUACAGUUGAGGUGAUUCCAGCCUUACCGAGACUCGACGUCGCGACCAGUUUGCCUCAAACCGCCAGCUUCAGUUCGGGCGACAAUAUAGUUACGAGCGCGAGUAUAUCGCUCUACGGCGGUGAGAGCGCCGAGUGCACCGUGACGAUAACGAACGUUGGGCAAGUUCCUAUUGAGAUGGUCGAGUUAUCGGUGCAAUCCGCUCUAGACGCUGUAACCGAGAGUAAGAUAUUCAAGUGGAGCGAUGAGAAUCUAAUGAUGCAACUACCUCUGCAGCCUGGCAGCAGCGCGAGUCUCACUCUGUAUCUGUACGCAGCGACGGAUUUCGUGGCGCCUUCGAUUAGAAACGACAUGAUUAGCAGCACUUGUCUCAGUCAACCGAACAGCUUAAUGUCGCAUUCGGGCCACAGUUCGCUGCCGUCUAGGCUCAGUUCCCCAUCCCACCAUACCAAGAGACAAUCCGAACUGACCUCCUCCUUCAGGUCGGGAGUGAGUUCGCAAUCUGGUCAUUCUUCCUUGGCGAGCACGCGUCUAUCGAAACUGGCGAUACCUCUACAUACAUCCAACGUCAUCGAGGGUCAACUGAGAAUUAAAUAUUCGGGAGGCGCCGGCUUGACGGCUGGUUACUGCAGAACUUCAUCUGUUUUUAUAACCAUCGAGAUGCUACCUAGUGUACAAAUCACCAACUGGGAUGUAUUGCCGGCUGAAACGCCGUUACAAUUCUAUCUCGUGUUGGACGUGACAAAUAUGACGAAUCAUGAAAUGGAAUUGCAUUAUACGCAGAGUAAAUGUAUAUAUAUGGAAGGUAAAGAACCAUGUAGGAUACCUGUGCCGGUUGACCGAUGUCCGCUUAACAAGUUGUCUAUGCUAAAUGGUGCUGGUGAUACCGGAGAACUCCAAAAAAUAUGCGCUGAACAUAUCGCCUCGCUGGUCGAUCUUCGCUGGCAAUUAUUAGGUACAGAAUCAACUGGUAAAGCGACUCUAUCUGGUAUCACACUAACUCAGGACAUGUUGGAUCUGGUGAGAAUGAGCCCUCUUCAAUGGGAGAUAACUAUCAACGACGUUAUUGUAAAAGCGCAAGAUGAAUUGACAUGCGGUUUAGGCGAAUGCGUCAGUGUCGGUGUGGGAGUAUGCAAUGCUCUGGAACAUCCACUGAACGAUCUCACAUUGUCCAUCAACUUUUAUCAGGAUCAUCACAAUGGAGUUAACAAUUAUCACUUAGAUACGAGAUUGUCUAUAGCUGGGGCGAAUAAAGUCAUGCUACCUGCUUUGCAGGAGUACGGCAGAGCGUAUCACGAAUGUCGGGUAGUAUUUUUCACAGCUGGUCAAUACAAAAUAGAUAUUCAGUGCAGUAGUAAAGAAUCCGCUCCGAAUUCCCCGGUACUUUAUUCGGAGCUGAUAAAUGCCGGACACACAUGGCGCUACAUUCCGCCGAUCGAAAUAACUGUCGACGAUUAUUAACAAACCAUUGUCCAUCUAAAUAUUAGUAAAUUGUAAUAUUUGUAAAAUAAAAUGGAGAA